GUACCUUUGUGUCGUCACUUGUUCUAAAGUGCAGAAAUAAUUAUACUAGACAGGAACCCCUACUACAGUAACAUUUUCAUAAACAUAACUGUAUGUGUAUGACUGUUCUGAACAAUGAUUUUGAGGCAAUAUAAUGACACAUUUACAAAAACUGAGAAAGUUUCACACUCAGCCCGAACAAAAUCGAGUAUUUGUACAUCUAUACAAGUUUGUUGCUAUGGGGAUAGAACGCUUGGUUAUACACUUUGUUUGCCACUCAUGUCUUUUACCACCUAGCUAGCUAACCAGCUAUGUUGACCUAAUGUCAAAUUUUACUUUGAAAGUUGAAAAGACAAGCGGAUUGAGCUAAAAGGAGUCGUUCGCUUGGACACAUACGAGCCAUGCCUCAUCUGAAGAAACCUCGAAAAGUGGAGCCCCUGUCAAAAUUGUGGGACAGAAAGGCACAGAAGUGUGGACUGCGACACACUGUUUAUUCAGUGAAUGGAGAUGAAUACACGGGGGAUUGGCUGGACAGCAAGAAGCAUGGCAAAGGAACUCAAAUUUGGAAGAAGGGCAGGGCCAUUUAUGAUGGAGACUGGAAAUAUGGCAAACGUGAUGGAUAUGGGACCUACAGCAAGCUCCUGUCUGCAACCAAUGAGUAUUCAAGGGAAUACUCAGGUGGAUGGAAAAAUGACAAGAAGCAUGGGUUUGGGACCUACUUCUACAGUGACUCUGCCUGCUAUGAGGGAGAAUGGAGCGAGGAUCAGAGGAGUGGCUGGGGCAGGAUGUAUUAUGACAAUGGGGACAUAUAUGAGGGAGAAUGGCUGAAGAACAAACAUCACGGACAGGGCAUGCUUCGUCUCGCCAAUGAAAAUAGGUAUGAAGGCAACUGGAAGUAUGGGAAGAAGAAUGGGCAUGGAAAGUUCUUUUACCAGGACAAAGGUCAGCUUUAUGAGGGCUUCUGGGUGGACGGAGUGGCCAAAUGUGGAACAGUGUCUGACUUUGGAAGAGAAGAGGCACCAACUCCGACAAUAUACCCGAUUCCUAAGGUACAUCUGUUGGAUGUGAGAUCAGUUUUAAUGGAAACACAAUCAACAUACCAUGGUGAAUAGGACAAACCAAAGAAUAACAUCAUCCAUCUCUGCUGAUCUCUGGCCACCAUGCUCACUUACCAUGCUGUGAAAUGCCAUCGUGUAACGAAUAAAGAGAGCACAACAUCAUGA